AGCAACUGCAGGUCGGAGCCGGUAACCGAGUCGCGUCGAGGCUGUCGAGUUCGUUAAUAUUGUUCUUCGUGUUUACCUAAGUAUACGUGAAAGUUGUGAUGCUCGCGGAGUUCUAGGGUCGAAUUCUCCCGUGGUAUAAGAGCCCGCGGACGAUAUGGCCCCGCAUCCGUUUCUCCUCUCGUUGUAGCUCUCGUCGUCGUCGUCGUCGUCGUCCUCGUCCGUUGUUCACGUUAUACGUAAACGUGCGCGUAUGUGUAUGUGUGAGUGUGUGUAAGUGAGUGGUCCUCGUGCUGCUCCCCUCCUGGGGCACACCUUGUUUUGAGAUUCUCCGGAGCUCCACAUUGACUGCAGUGCUUACCGCGUGCUUCCCGCCCUCUACCCCUCGGCAUUUGUAUGUCCCUCUCGAGGAACAUUUCGUAGACGUGGACAUAUUUCACUUAUUCAUCUUAUUCAUCCUUUUGUCGCUCUCUAAUCCCUCCGAAAAGAAGACUUACCUCAAUCAUCAUGGACAAGAAGACAGCGAUUCAGAUGAUGCAGAGCGACUUUGCUCGCAUCAGUCAGGAAAAAGAGAAUCUUUCAAAGCAACUCAAGGACUCCGAGGAAGAUGUGAGAAAGUAUAUGAGAGAGUUGCUCUCUCAAGUGAAAACUGGCUCGUUACCGAUACUCUCCAAGACUCCAAAAGUAUCAAAGAAGAAGAACACCAAGAUUCAGUCAAUUCCUGAAAAUGAAGAAAUGGAAGUCGACUCUUCGGUUUCCAGCCGCAACGAUACAGAGUCGGUUUUGGAAAUGUCCGAUGCUCGUCCUGGUAGAGCAAAACGAGGAGCAUCUAUCAAAGCAGCUAAUAGUAUAAGAAAACAGCAGUCCAUAAAUUUAACGUCAAAGCUUAGAAGGCCAUCCAAAGAGGAUAGCGAAUCCCCCAGCAAGGAAAGUCGGAUAAAGCAAUCCAAGGCGUCAUUAGACAGUUCAGACGAUGAAGAUAUUCGACCUUCUAAGCCAAUUGCAACAAAUAAGAAAAUGCGAUCAAAAGAUAAAAAGAAUAAUACAGCUUCAGAAGUAGAAUGUGCAUUCGUUCAUUCCACAUUAGUCAAUGAAAAUGAGAAGAGCGUGUUGACAAAGAAAAAGAAGCGUAAGCUGGAGGAUCAGGAUGCAGAUCAGGAUUCAACUUUGAAGUCUGACAAAUCAAGUGACGAAACAUCAAAAACAGGACAGGCUAAAAAAGCUCGUUAUAUCAAUUCAACUCCGAAAAAUGAAGAAAAAGUGGCAGAAGAGAUAAACGUUAGUGAUAAACGAAAUACAGAAUCAAAGCGAUUUACGAGAUCAUCAAUGUCUUCUAUAAUCAAUGCCCCGGGUGCGCGGAGAAACAAAAAAAACGUCAUUAACGAAACCGUGGACAUGAGUAAUGUUGAUGAAACCUUGGCUUCAAUGUACGAAGAUGCAAUUAACAAGCCAAUUAGUAAUUCAACUAUGAAUCCAAACGCUGCAAUGAACUUGGAAAGAAUUAUGAAUGUUACUGUUUCGAUAGAACCCUUACCUUCUAAAACGGUUAUGAAUGAAACUGUCACUUUAAAAAAUUCCGUGUUCAAGGAACCUAUCUCUAAUAAAAAAGUUAAUGCAACUCAAACGAUGGUAGAGGCAAAAGAUUCUCGUGACGACAAAACACCGAAAAAUUCCGAAACUAUAAGAAAGUCGCACAGGAAUAUGAAUACUACUCAACAGAAUAAGAGAAUAGACCAGUUUAAUGAUUUUAUUACGGAUGAUGAAUCAUCACCAGAAAGAAAAAGACGCCGUUCAACUGUGCAGAGGCGAUCUACUAGGUCUAAUAAUAAUUCCUUGCUAAGUGACGAGGAUGAAAUUCAGCGCACUCCACCACAGGCGGCAACAAAAAUCAAAGAUGCGAAAUUGGCAUCAACAGUAAAAUCUACAUACAAACCAGCAGCAUUAUUCAGUCCUUAUGCUAAAGAUUCGGUUAAGAAGAGAGUUGAAGCUUUUGAGCAAGUGGCUAUUAGUCCAAAACAAGUUGAAACUGAAGUUGUUGCUAGAGUUACAAGGACAAAAACGCGCGCAUUAGCUGCUGCCUCUGAAACUCCUACACCAUCUAAAAGUUAUAAAUUGGCUUCAGAAAAAGCCACGAAAAUUCCUAUGGCCAAACACAAGGACUAUGACGACGUGAAAGAAAAUGAAAGUUCUAAUAUUGUGCGAUCAAAGAAAACCAAUUCUUUGGAGCAGCUGGUUCAAAAACAAUCCAGAACUACUCCACUGGGCAAAAGUCGUCUUUUGACCACUACUUAUCAAUUUUCAACUCCUUCCAACGCUCCUGUUAAUGCCUAUGGCAAGGCUUUAACCGGACCUCGUGGAAACAUUGUAACGCACGUCGACUCGUUUAUUCAACCGACAAAAUCGGCUUCAAAAUCAAUCGAUAAAGCGUCUGAAGAAAGAAGAAGACGAGCACAUGAUGAAGAUGCUCGACAAAAGCGUGAAGCGUUACUCAAAGUUCAGGCUGAAGAAAAAAGAAGGAAAAGGGAAGAAAAGGAGUUGAAAAACAAGUUGGCGAGGGAAGCUAAAGAGAAAUUAGAGCUUGAAAAAAGACUGAAAGCUGAAAGAGAAAGAGAAGAAAAAGCAAGAAUAGCUCAACAGAUGCAAGAAAAACAAAAAGAAGAAAUGGAGAAAAGACGCAUAGCUCAGAUACAAAGAGCACAAGAAAAAGAGGAAAAGCGAAAACAGGAAGAGUUGCUAAGGAUGCAGCGUCUGCAAGAGCAAGAGGAGCAAGAAAGAUUACUCGCUGAACAGAAACGCCGCGAGCAAGAGAUGGAAAAACGUAAGCAAGCGAUGAAAAUGAAAAGUCAGAUGGAAAAAGCUGUUCAACAGGCAAAGGUUAAGGCUAUGGCGGCGCAAAAGCAAGGGGCAAACAAUUACAAAAUCGAUAGUGAUCCCGACGAGGAAGACACUGAUGAUGAGUGCAAACCCAAGCAUCAGAUUCCACAAUGGGCUCUGAAAAAUAUACGGCAAGCACAAUUAGCAAUGCAGCAGUGUAUACCAAUGGGAUCUGUUUUGAAAUUUUUCGAUGCCAAAAAGUGUACCCCAGAUUUGAGGGAUUUGUUUAAAGGUAUCGAUCCCAAAAAACUAAAAAGAACAUCAAGUGCCAUUUGGAAAACACCACCUAGAUUUUCAAUGAUGAAUCGGUCUAUUAUUACAGACUGAAGCGGAUUUCGUCGUAUUGUGUAACUUAAAUUAUUACCAGAUAUUUAAUUACAAAUAAGUAUAGUUUUUAAUUUUUUUUACUAUAUCGACUAUAUUUUAUUGCAUUCUUCUUUUUUAUAAUCUAACAAUUGUAAUUUAAUGUUUACUCAUGCGACACUAAUACCAUGAAAUAGAUUAUUGUGAACAAUCUAAAAAAAAAUUUAUGUUACGUUACAAAAAAGUGACUCGUUAAAUAAUGGCCAUUAUUGUAGCAAGUUAUUGGUACAUAAUGUAAUUGCUGUAUUACCGAUUUUCUUUUUUUUUCUUUUUUAGAUUUAAAAUGUUGCAAGGGCUCAUUGUGCUGUCAUAGAUUUUUUCUUUGUUCUUAAAUUAUUGGAGAUCAAAUUGAGCCUCAUUGUUACAAUGUUUACUCUGUUUAUGUAGUAAAUUAAAGAUUUUUGCCAAACACAAGUGUGGAAAAAAAAAAAUAUCAAGUAAUUCAAAUGCAUGAAAUAACCUAAUAUCAAAAAUGCCACGUGUAGGUAUGUGUGCACUGCUCGCGAUGUUGGUCAAUCGAAAUUCGACCUAACGCACCGAUGAUUUUUCAGCAUGAAUUCCGGUCGCCACGGCCAUUUAGGUGUGAUCAAAUUUGUUGUUCCCGCUUUCUCGCUGCAGUUCUCCUCUAACCAGUGCCCCUCCCGUCACAACCGCACACCAACAUUCGUCUCUUAUUUCCCCACGGAGACCUGCAAUAUGUUCCCUCACCUCUUCUCCUUUUCUUAAAAAAUACUAGAACAGAUAAUUAUCAAUCGGUUGACCAGUUUACGCUUGACCGAAAAUUGAGAUUUUUUUUAAACGCCCAAUGCGCUUUGAUGUAACUUUGCGAUCUGUAGUCAUCAAUAAUUUUUGGCGUAUAGUUUAAUAUAAUUAUAAGUUAUUGAAAUAAAGCCUACACUAUCAUCAUUAUCCACAUAAUGGAUGCAUCGUGCAGUGGAAAAAACCACAGUAUCGAUUUUAGAAAGAUUAUUCAAUGAUUCUUGCCAGAAAAGAAACCGUCUUGCAAGUAAAUUGUAAAUUCUCUUACUUGGUUCAAACGUUGACCAAGUAGUUUGAAAAUUAAUCAACGAUCAUGAGGGAAUAAAAAAGUAUACUUACAACA